AUGAAGUUCAGUAAAGAGACCAAGAUGCUUGCCAUUGUGACAAUCAUUGCGCUACUGAUAACAUCAGCAGCAGCUAAAAGGGGCGGAGGUGGUAGCAUUGGUGGUGGAAGUAGAGGUGGCAGCUCAGCAGGAGGUGGCACCCGAGCAAGAGGAGGUAGCCCUGGAUUACAAAGCGGUGGGGUCCUCUCUGGAGGGAAGGGUACAACUAUCCCUGUUGGAGCUGGUGGUGCUGUGCCAAUAGUAAGGGGUGGUACCCAUGCCGGAGGACGUUCUGGUUCUGCCUCUCUUGCAAGGGAUGCUGCGCCCAUGUUUUUGCAUGCUCUUGUGGUUGCAGCAAGCAAAGGGAGCAAGAUACUUCUUCUUCUGGUGGUGAUCAUUGGUUUGAUGGUAACAUCAGCUGUUGCUAAAGGCGGUAGAGGUUUUGGAGGCGGUGGUACCUUGGGAGGCAGCAGAGCUGCUGGUACCGGUGGAGUUAUUGGUGGGGCUAGAGCCACUACUGGUGGCAAAACCUCAGCUUCUGUGACAUGGGGUCCCACUUCCACUUCUUGGCUACUUCUCAUGAAUUUCAUAUUCUUAAUGGUUUAA